CCGAGAGGGGUUCAACAACAAAAGCCGGUUUAAAAAGGCAAAUAUAUUUUUGAGCUGCAUAGUUGGUUCAGUUGAUAUAAAGACGCAGAAGCACAAAGAACUUCUGAAAUUUUGCCCGAGAAAACUUAAUCUCCGCUAAAAUAAAUAUUUAUUUCUUUUUUGACCAGUGAUAUCAAUAAUUACAAAAUGCUUAUACGAAACUUAUCUCUUUUUAUGUUCACAUGCGCCUCUCUUGCCAUCACUUGCGUGCGCGUUGUUGCCGCUCAUUCCGAAACGAAAGGCUAAAUGUCCGGUGAAGAGGAGAAAUUCAAGAUUCUAGUCACACACCCAGAAGUGCCUCAGGUUGCCAUUGAUCUGCUGUCGCGCAGCUGCGAGGUGAUCGUUUGUCAGAGUUGGCCGCCGAAGCGUUCGGAAAUUUUGGAGAAGGCUAAAGGUGUACACGCCUUCUUCUGGGGUGGCCAUGAGGCGCUUAAUGCCGAGGCAUUGGAUGCCGCCGGUCCGCAGUUGAAAUCGAUUUCCACCAUGUCGGCGGGCAUAGAUUACGUGGAUGUGGCGGAAGUGAAGCGCCGAAAAAUUCCACUUGGUCACACGCCCACAGUGCUCAACGAAGCCGUAGCUGAUACAGCGCCUUUGAAGAUCGAAACGAACACCUGGGAGAGCUUCCAUCUGAAUUGGAUGUUGGGCCAAGACUUGCGGGGCUCCGUGGUCGGUUUCUUUGGCUUCGGCGGUAUUGCACAGGGAAUCGCUAAGCGCCUGAAAGGAUUCGACAUUGACAGCGUGCGCUACACGACAAGGCGUCGCGUUUCGGAGGAUAUCGAGAAGGAGUACUCUGCCAAAAAAGUUGAUUUCGACACUAUGCUGGCGGAAAGUGACUUCGUUGUCAUUGCAUCGCCCCUGACCAAUGAGACGGCUGGUGUUUUCAAUGCCAGCGCUUUUGGUAAAAUGAAGAAGAGCGCUGUGUUGGUGAAUAUUGGGCGCGGUGGCGUUGUGAACCAGCCGGACCUGUAUGAAGCUCUGAAAACAAAACAAAUAUUCGCUGCGGGUUUGGAUGUGAUGACUCCGGAACCACUGCCCGCCGAUGAUCCGCUUUUGAGUUUACCAAAUAUUGUUCUUCUUCCCCACUUGGGCUCAGCCACCGAGCGCACUCGCAACGAUAUGGCCACAAUAGCUGCGCAUAAUGUUUUGCGCGGACUGGCUGGCGAACCGAUGUUCUCGCCUGCAUAUCAAUUAUAGAUGAAAUUACAAGUUUUUCAUACAGAUCUAUUCAUUUAUCGAUGUAAAUGUGGAAGUAUUAAAUUGUUGCAAUAAAAUGUGCAAAUGAGUGUAAUUGUAAGCUUACUAAUUGUACGCCUGAAAACUAAUAAAAUACGUUUAAUAAAUGA